AAAAAAUCUUUGACCUUUUAAAAAACUCUUAUUGAAAAAAAAAAAAGGAGUUAUAUGAUGAAACCAAAUGGACCCAUAUGAUUGGGAGAUUUGGAUAACAGAGAAUCCACAAAAGUGUAUCCUUCACAAAACCAAAACACACUCUCCAUUUUCUUCAGACAACUCUUUCUCCUUUCUUCUCUCUUCUCUGUCUCAUCACAAACCAGAAAUGGGAGGAGUGUCCUUCCUCUCCACUGUUCCUUCCUUCACCAACACAACCAAUCAUCAACAUCUCACUACACUCUCUUCUUCUUCUCAUCGCUCUGUGAGUUUCAACCAUUGUUACAUUCUUUACUUCUAACCCAUUUUACAUUUCUUCUGCUAACAAUUCUUCUUCUGAUCAGGCUGUUAUACGAUGUUCCAAGAUUGAACCUCAAGUUUCCGGUGAAAGUUUAGCUUUCCACCGCCGUGAUGUUCUCAAACUCGCCGGCACUGCAGUCGGAAUGGAAUUAAUAGGCAACGGUUUCAUUAACAAUGUGGGUGAUGCAAAAGCUGCUGACUUGAAUCAACGUAGACAACGAUCCGAGUUUCAAUCAAAGAUCAAGAUUUUGCUUUCAACCACCAUUAAGGCUAAACCGGAGCUUGUACCUUCCUUACUCAAACUAGCUCUCAAUGAUGCUAUGACUUAUGAUAAGGCUACUAAAUCCGGGGGAGCCAAUGGAUCCAUACGGUUCAGCUCUGAGCUAAGUAGAGCAGAGAAUGAGGGACUUUCUGAUGGGUUGAGUUUGAUAGAGGAAGUGAAGAAGGAGAUUGACUCUAUCUCGAAGGGAGGUCCUAUUUCAUAUGCAGAUAUCAUUCAAUUAGCAGGACAAUCAGCGGUCAAGUUUACAUAUUUAGCAUCGGCUAUCCGAAAAUGUGGUGGAAAUGAAGAGAAGGGGAACUUACUUUACACAGCAUAUGGUUCAGCUGGUCAGUGGGGAUUGUUUGAUAGAAAUUUUGGAAGGAGUGAUGCAACAGAGGCUGAUCCAGAAGGCAGAGUCCCACAAUGGGGGAAAGCAACUGUGCAAGAGAUGAAAGAUAAGUUCAUUGCUGUUGGAUUGGGUCCUCGUCAGCUAGCUGUAAUGUCUGCAUUCUUGGGUCCUGAUCAAGCUGCAACAGAACAGCUCUUAGCUACUGACCCUCAAGUUGCUCCAUGGGUUCAGAAGUAUCAAAGAAGCCGUGAAACCGUAUCUCAGACUGAUUACGAGGUUGAUCUCAUAACUGCAUUCACAAAGCUAAGUUGCUUAGGACAGCAAAUCAACUUCGAGGCAUAUACAUAUCCCGUCGAACGGAUCAAUCUGAGCAAACUCAAGCUAUAA